AUGUCCUCUCCGAGCGCAGCACGCGUCCCUCACAAGAGGAAGACCAAGAUGAAGCACUUCGUGCAGCAGAAAGUGGAGGUGUUCCGCGCCGCGGAGCCCGUGUCGAGCGUGCUUAUGUGGGGAGUCAAUCACUCGAUCAACGACUUGAGCCAGGUGCCAGUCCCUGUCAUGUUGCUUCCUGACGAUUUCCGAGCCAGCACCAAGGUCAAAGUCAACCACUACCUCUUCAACAAAGAGAAUCUCCCGGGACAGUUUAAAUUUAAAGAGUACUGUCCACAAGUUUUCAGGAACCUGCGAGAGCGCUUCGGCAUCGAGGACCAAGAUUACCAGGUGUCUCUGGCUCGCAGUCCGCCCCUCAAAGACUGGGAGGGAACAUGUGAGGGCCUGCUGCUUGUGUCAUAUGACCGCACUUUGGUGGUCAAAGAAAUCUCCAGUGAGGAGGUGGCUGAGAUGCACAACAUUCUCUCUGAGUAUCACCAGCAUGUUGUCACCUGUCACGGCUCGACGCUGCUCCCUCAGUUCCUGGCCAUGUACAGAGUCACAGUGGAGAGUGAGGAUAAUUACCUAUUGGUCAUGAGGAACAUGUUCAGCCACAGACUGCAUGUACACUGGAAGUAUGAUCUCAAGGGUUCCCUGGUGUCUCGAGAAGCAACUUUUAAAGAGAAGGUCAAGGAGCUUCCCACCUAUAAGGACAUUGACUUUGUGAACAACAUGCAAAAGGUUUACGUGUGUGACGAGGAGAAAGAGAGGCUCAUGGACAAGCUUAACAGAGAUAUUGAGUUCCUGGUACGUAUGAGGAUCAUGGACUACAGCCUCCUUCUGGGUAUCCAUGACGUGGAAAGGGCUGAGAGAGAGGAGGAGGAGAUGGAAUCAUCUAAUGCUGAAGAAGAGGAAGAUGAAAGCAGCCAAUCUGCAGUUCCAGGCUCCACCUCACCUGAAGGCAUCGCGGGUUACAUGAACUCCUUGAAGCCUAUGGGCCCCGGGGAGUUCGACCCUUACGUGGAUGUGUAUGCUAUCCAGAGCGCCGUAGGCGCUCCUCGGAGGGAAGUGUAUUUCAUGGGUUUGAUUGAUGUGCUGACGCAGUACGACGCCAAGAAGAAAGCGGCUCAUGCGGCCAAGGCUGUCAAACACGGGGCAGGAGCAGAGAUCUCAACAGUUCAUCCAGAGCAGUAUGCUAAGCGUUUCAAGGAGUUUGUCACGAAGAUAUUUGCCUAG